AUGACAGAGUUCAGAUCGAGCAAAUCACUAUCAUACGGAUUUAAAGCGCGUACAAAAUUAGAAGGCCACAAAGGAUGCAUAAAUACAUGUCAAUUUGACAAUCCAGGCAAAAGAUUACUGACAGGAUGCGACGAUGGCAGUGUGUGGAUGUGGGAACCAGGGAGAACAGUAAAAGAACCAGUAGUUAGAACACGUCCUCACUACACAAAUGUUUUUGGUGCUUCAUUCUUAACAGAUGAUACAUUUGUAUCGGGUUCAAAUGAUGCAGAAGUAUGCGUUACAAAAAUAAAUAACGAUGGAACAACAACUACCACAAGAUUUUCAGCACAUCAUGUUCAAAAAAUUACAGCUGUUCAGCCAAUUGAUAGCACAACGUUUUUAAGCACAUCGUAUGACGGAACACUCAGAUUGUUCGAUACUAGAUUAGAUUAUAACGGAAUUGUCGAAACAAAACCAAUAUUAACAGAAAAAGACUAUCAAUACGAAAGCUACGAGUUCCUUGUAAGCAAUUUGGAUAGACUUAACUUAGAACCACAAGGUGCCGGCGGUGGACCAAUACAAAAACCUGCCAGUGACAAUAGAACUUUGAUGUCAAGUUUUCCUGCUCCUCUUUACUCCAUUUCAGUACACCCUUACGACAGACAUACAAUAGCCAUGGGAUGUGGCGAUACAUGCAUAAGAUUCGUUGAUUUAAGGAAUAAUUCAAAAUCAAUAAAAUUUUCAAUGCGUCAUGAAUACAAACGAAACGCUCCAGUGACAGGAGCUACAUAUGAUUCAACAGGAAAUAGGAUCGCUGCGACUGUUCGUUAUGGAGUUGCUCAUAUCAUUGAUAUCCAAGCGAAAACUGCACUUUGUUUGACUUCUCAUCGUAGUAUUUCGACAGAUAAAUACAUAAACUGGCUUGGAGAAUGGGUUGUUUCCGGAAGUGAUGAUGGAAAAGUUUAUAUUUACGAUCCAACUGACGGAAAAGUCGUAGGAGGUGAUUGUGGAGUCGAGAGAAUGCACAAAGGCAAUACAAAUAUUGUUGCAGUGCAUCAACAAUCCCUUCAACUCGCUACAAGUGGUGUUGAUUAUUAUAUCACAUUAUGGGGACCUACAACAUUAACAGAUUACCAUGAAAAAGAGUUUGUCAUGCAAGAUGACCCAGCAAGUCGACUAUUUCCUAAUUUCUUAUAUUAA